CGGAUUUAUAAACGGACAUAGUACAUAAUCAUAAGUCAUAAACAUAACUUUAACCACAAUCAUAAUUCAUAAGAUUUAAGAUUGGUUUAUAACUAGACAUAAUACCUAACCAUAAUAUUUAAGAACUACUUCAGAAAAUACAAACCUAACCAAAUUUUUAUAGAGCUUGAAAAAUUUUUUUCUAGUCUUUAAAUAAAUAUGAAGAUUAAUAGAAAAGUUGCUUUGGCCAUGGCAGCAGUUCCACUUUAUUUAACAAUUGUAGCCACUAUAUCUGCUAUAGUUCUUAACAAGCAAAGAAGAGUAAGAAGGUUUAGUGUGAGACCCAUGAAUAGAAAGCGUGAUAAGGAAGGUCUAUUUAGUACUCUAUUUAAAGGUAUGAAAGAGCUGGAAUGGGAUGAGGAACAGUUCUUUAAGUACACACGCAUGACAAAAAAUCAGUUUUAUUAUUUACUACGUAUAACAAGACCAUACCUACAGAGAAACAGAAAGAAAGGCUAUUUGACACCAGAACAUCGACUCGUAUUAGUUUUGCAUUACUUAGCAGAAGGCUGUUCAAUGCAAGAAAUUGCAUGGAAUUACAGAAUAGGCAAAACAACAGCACAUAAGGUUAUUAAAGAUACUUGUGAAAUACUAUGGAAUGUCCUUUCACCCUCGCAACUGCCAGUCCCAACAGUUGAAGAAUGGAAAAGUAGAGCAGAGGAAUAUUACAAGCAGUGGAAUUUACCAAACUGCAUUGGGGCAGUGGACGGUAAACACAUUGCAAUAAAAGCACCAGCAAAAUCUGGAAGUACUUACUUUAACUACAAGAAAACUUUUAGUAUUGUUUUAAUGGCCACAUGUGAUGCAAAUUACCGUUUCACAAUGGUGGAUAUUGGAGGUUUUGGAUCGAACCAUGAUUCAGCCAUUUUUAAAGCCAGUAGUUUAGGGUCUGCACUACUAAAUGGAAAUUUAAAUCUUCCUCCCCCAAAGACCUUACCCAAAACAGAUCUUCUAAUAAACCAUUAUAUUGUUGCAGAUUCUGCAUUCCCUCUACAUCAAAACAUAAUAAGACCAUAUGCAGGAAACAACUUGGGUGAGAAAAAAAAUAUUUUUAAUUACAGAGUUAGUAGAGGAAGAAGAACUAUUGAAAAUGCCUUCGGUAUAUUAAGUCAGAGGUGGCAAAUUUUACGUCGUACCAUACAGGCAGAAUUAGAAGUUAGCGAACUAAUUGUGCAGGCCACAGUAGUAUUACAUAAUUUUCUUCAAUGUAGUGAAAAGGAUAUACCUGACUCUGAAAAGAGAUACUGCCCUACUGGAUUUGGUGAUUAUGUGGAUGGUAAUGGAUUAUUACAUCUUGGGACUUGGAGAGAGGAUCCCUACUCCUUAAGAACAGUCAACAAGGUUGGAUCAAACAAUGCAACACAUUGUGCCAAACUGCAAAGGGAGAGAUUGGCAGAUUAUUUUAUUUCUCGAGAAGGGUGGCUUCCAUGGCAGGAGAAUUAUGUUAAUCGUGGUGCUAUCCCACACCACUUAUAAGAGAAAUAAAUAUAAUAUUUUGUGCAUCGUUUUAAAGCUAAGUAGUACCAAACAUU